AAAGAACUGAAAGCGUAAUCUUGUCACAAAGUUUUUUUCCUUUCACUGGGAUAAGGCAAAACAAAAUAUUGCAGCAGCGCGAUUCACGAGGAACGAACAGGUGCUUUUGAUGGGGAAUUUAACCGCCACUUUAACAGGGUGACCUGUUUAUAUGAACACAUUGCUGGAGAACCAGAGAAGAUAUUGUCUCUGGUGUUCCUGUGGGAUAUGAAUGACAGCUUGAGAAUGUCACAUGAGAUCAUGAUGUUUUACCAAAUGAUGGAACAAGCCCAGAACACCAGCUGUGAAGCACCCACCCCCAUCUGCAAUACGAGUGCAAAUGGAGAAUCACUACAGCUGCCCACCUUCUCCACAGCAGCCAAAGUCAGAGUAAUCAUUACUUUCACUCUGUGUGCCAUGUCAGCUGUCUGUAACCUCGCUGUGCUGUGGGCCGCCAAUACCAACGGAAAGCGCAAGUCCCACGUUAGGAUAUUAAUAAUUAACCUGACUGUGGCAGACCUGCUGGUGACUUUCAUAGUCAUGCCUGUUGAUGCUGUCUGGAAUAUCACAGUUCAGUGGCAGGCAGGAGACGUCGCCUGUAGGCUGCUGAUGUUCAUGAAACUUGUUGCCAUGUACUCCUGUGCUUUUGUCACAGUGGUCAUUAGCUUGGACCGCCAGUCUGCUAUCCUCAACCCACUGGCCAUCAAUGAGGCCAAGAAGAGAAGCAAGAUCAUGUUGUCUGUGGCGUGGGUGAUGAGUGUGAUUCUGUCUGUUCCCCAGAUGCUGAUAUUCCACAGUGUGACCAUCACGGUUCCAGAGAAGUUUACCCAGUGCACUACUCGUGGGAGCUUUGUCCAACACUGGCAGGAAACCCUGUACAACAUGUUCACCUUUGCUUGUCUUUUCCUGCUGCCGCUGAUCAUCAUGAUCUUCUGUUACACACGUAUCCUGGUAGAGAUAUCCAGUCGCAUGACCCACGGAAACAUGUCUUCUAAGGAGAUACAUCUCCGGCGCUCUCACAACAACAUUCCAAAAGCACGGAUGAGGACUUUGAAGAUGAGCAUUGUUAUCGUGACUUCCUUCAUCGUCUGCUGGACCCCUUACUACCUGUUGGGACUGUGGUACUGGUUCUUCCCUGACGAUAUGGAUGAGACGGUCUCUCAUUCUUUGACUCAUAUGCUCUUUAUUUUUGGCCUCUUCAAUGCCUGUUUGGACCCAAUAACUUACGGCCUGUUCACCAUCCAUUUCCGCCAUGGCCUGAAGCGCUACUGUCGGAGCACAGCCACGUUCAGCCGUGAGUCAGAGAACAACACUACCCUGACCGGCUCUUUCAGGCGCUCCCCCUUCCGCCUGACACGGCUUACCCAGCAAGGCCAGACGUCCAUCACUGGCCAGAUGGCAGAGGAGGAACAGGUCAAGAAAACCUGCCACUAUAGCAACUACCUCACAGUUCACAACAGUGGAGAAGGUGACCCAGGUCCGGCCAGUCCUGAAAGCACUAUAUGA